AUGACGUACACUCCUCCACCUCCGCCGCCAGAGUCGCCCGUACCGACGCAGGAGACGGAGGACUCCUAUACCAGCGUCGACCCCACCCUCAGCGCCCCUUCCUGGCGCGACGAGGACUCGUGGUCAGCACAGCCGGCGGACGAUGACUCGCGGUGGCGCAACGCGAACGCUCCCGCACCUCCGAGCGCGUCAGACCCGUAUGGGCGUGGCGGCGCGGCGAGCUCGGAUCUCGCCGCGUGCGAGCGAUCGCUCGGGCGCGCCCUGCGCGGCGAGCGAGCGCGCACGCUACUCGGCUCGAUCUUCGACUCGGGCUGCACUGCGCUCAAGGGGUCGAAGGAGGACCCCGCGCCGUGCGCACGCUGCCGCAGCUGCCCGUCCGAAGGGAUGUGGCAGCACAUGAGGGGGUACUACAACCCUCAGAAGCGGCGCGUCACGCUGUGCGCAGACAAGCGGCUCGACGAGAAGGAGGUGGAGGACACGCUCGUCCACGAGCUGGUCCACGCAUACGACCACUGCCGCUUCUCGAUGCGCGUGCCGAUGGUCGGCAGGCAGCACCCGUGGGCUCUCAACUCCUUCGGCGCGCCGCCCGGCGGAGGAGGAGACGGCGCGAGCGGCUCCAUCGCGCAUGCGGCGGAAGAGCAGCGCGGCGAGGUGCACUCGGCCGCACUACGGUCUCUACAGCACUACGGCACGUGCGCCGACGCAAGGCUCGACCCGCGCGGCGUGCUCGACUCGGUCUUCUACGCGUGCCUCGCCGACACCGCCCCCUUCAAGCGCGGCGCGCCCCAGCCGCACACGGAGCCGAUGCCCGCCGCGGUGGCCGAGGCGGAGAAGUGA